CUUUCGAGGCGAGCCGCAGCUCAUCUCAAACAAGCCUAAUCACUUCCAUUCUAGGCCCGCCCAGCGCCGUAUAGAUUGAACCAGCGCCAUGGCGCUGAAUUGAACAUUCUAUUAUACGGCUCUGGGCCCGCCCAUGACUCAGGGAACGCCCUCCUCGUGCAGGUGACGUCACACAUCGAAGGGUCUCUAACUUCUUGACGUGAGCCUCCUUUUUAGACUCUGUCCGCCACUCCCCGAACACCCAUGCCCUCUGCUCAUGGAUGUACCGCAGAUGUAUGAUGGAGGAAUGAACGUCCAGAAAGAACGUGUAGCGAUAUUUUCUGCACCUUACUAUCGUUACAGCGGAAGUUGGACUUCGGCAGCGGGAUAUAAAGGGCAAAGAGCAACAGUGGCGCAAAGGAAGUACGUGACUUUCCAGAGAUGUCCCGACACCUUCCCAACACCGGCUGACGCCAACCCGAUUUACGACUUUGUUGUUACCUCCUCACUUUAGACUAUAUAAGCUUGAUGUUAUCUCCCGCUCCUUUGAGCAGCAUACCUCAUGUGUGAAAACCAGCUUUCACUCUGGUACUUCAACAGAUGAUAAAAAAUGCAGUCUAGUUUGUGGAUUAAUGGCCAGUACCAGCUGGUGGGACAACUUUCUCAGGCAUCACAGGCUGCCGCUCAGGUGAGCCACGAGACGAUGAUGCAAGCUAGGAUUGCAAAUAACCAAUACCAGUACACGAGGGCGAACACAGGAGUCCAACAACCACCGAGAGCUAAUUACAACCAUCAUGAUGGAGGUUACUCAAACAGACAACCAUCAAAUCAGCAGACCAUAUCACUUCCUCAUCAGGCAGUUUCGGAUCAGCUGUCAGGCCGGGGGAACAAUAACUAUAUACUUAGGUUGUUGGCUAACAACAAACACUCCGAUAAUACUGAAAGAGGAAAUCCUGGUUUGCAGGCCUCUAAUGGAUUUCAGCAAGAUUUUCACAAGAACUAUGCUCAGAAUUCAUUGAUCCAAAGUCAACCCAACAUGAUGAAAGCAAAAACAACAUACUCUCAGGAAGACAUGUCUUAUCUUCAGAACCAAUCAGCUAGAGUUCCUGGGAAUCAAGCAGAAAGGACACAGGAUGGUAAUGUUGUAGCUGAUCUCCAAAAUUCUAGAGAUCAGAAUAACUUAAUCUAUAAAGGAACGUCGACAUAUCCUGUUCCAAGAUACAACACAACAGCUACCCCAGCUCCAAACGUAGAGGUGAUUGACACGGCUGCCGUACACAGAAGACCGACCCCUUAUAACCCUUAUCACAGGCCAAAUGCCACUCAGCAUGGUUUCUCCCCUUCAAUUCCCCCUCCAAGUUAUGAUGCAGUCAUGUCUAAGUCUUUCAGAAACGACAGCACGACAACAAACUCACGCUCAAGCUUACAGAAUGUGCAAGUUUCCAACCGAAGUCCGAAAACUCAACAAUACUCGACACAUUACAAUGGGGAAGAGGCUACCUCUACCAUUAACCCAAAUUCAUAUAGCAGGCAGCACGAGAUCAGCCUUCAACAUUCUGCUGUUACACCUCAGGAAACGCACAAAAAAAAAAAAAUCGCCGAACUUCUGGUAUAUCUACACAGUGAAGAGGAUACAAGUUUCUCUAUUGAAGGAAAGCAGUCUGUCAGCCAGGACAGAAUGGCAGAGUCUAAUAAUUAUAUGCAGCCUGUGACAUCUAAUGAUUCUUAUAACUCAAAUGCCUCCAAGUAUUUGCCAAUCAAUUCUGGACUUUCUUUGCCUACAAACAACCACAUUUCUAUGUCACCACAGCAUAGCCAAGAUGUCCAACUUCAGCAAAGCACCGCACAAAAGUUUUUUUAUGCAAAACAAGAUGGAAGUGGAAAUGGAAGUAUAGCAGCCUAUGCCCGUCCCCCCCCGAAAAAUGUUGUGUCUUUAAGGGAUGCGCCUCAUCUGAAGCAGUUGCCUGAAGGCAUUUCUUCACAGACAAUUGAGACUCAAUCAUCAGCAGCAAUUAGUCGUGAAUGGGUUGAAAAAGUCUCGUCAGUCAAGGCAAAUGCCAGCUCCAUUCACUCUUCUCCUGGACACACAAGAGCUGUUGCCGUUGUGCAGCCAUUGUCGCAGGAAAGCUACCAGGAUGCCAGCAAGCAGACCAGUUCUACCACGGUCAGUCAAUUGUCUGUAGACAAAUCUGCAAUCACGCAUUCAGCAGCAAACAAGGCUGAUACCUUUGAAUCAUAUUUAGUUUCAGCUGAGACUCAUGACUUGUCUAAAAAUCAGUUGUUUGCUGAUGACAUAGUAUCUCAAUCGCCUUUAAACAUGCAAGUAGACCAUCCAUUGGCACUAAACGUGGACAAAUCUGUAACCUCCAAAGUGCCUGUAAGCCAAAGCAGUGAAAAGGACCAAAGUGAGAGGCCAACAGAUCCAAAAGAGGUACUUGACCUCUCCUCCAUCCCAACAAUACCAUGGACACUAAACGCAUUAACUAAGUUGAUACAAAAAGAAGAAAAAGCACAUACAGAGUUAUAUAGGCUUGCGAAAUUAGACUCUGACAUCAAAAUGCUUACUGACAUGUUUAACGAUAUGGUCGAAAAAAAGCCAGACUGGCACAAGGAUUUAAUGAAGGAAAUUCAUGAAUGUGGCGUCAAAGAUGAAACGCCAGACUCUGUCACACUGUUACAAGUAAACAGACGCUUUAGUGAGCAACUCAAAAGCUGCCAUGUCCUCAAAUAUAAUGAAGUUUAUUCAGCCCCACCCUACACAUCAUCAUGGUUGAAUGUCAAUGAGCAGCUCGAUGAGAUUGACAAAGAGUUUGACUUCCCAUGGUCUUUGAAGCAUCGUCUUGAGAGUGAAAGCCAGUUAGAUCAGGUCCAGAUAGACAACAGUAUUCCUGGCAUUAUUGAAUUGAGUGAGGAAAAGCAAGACUCAACUGUGGAUGCCGAUUCAACAAGUACUGCUUCUCCUUAUGGAACAGAAAUUGACGAUUCCAGUGACUCGCAUUACUCUUUUAAAAUCCAAGUUUUAUCUCAAGCAGAGGCCAAAGUCAUCUAUGAGCAAUUACAAAGCAAGCUGCCAACAAGUAUGGACACACACAAUCAACAAAAGAGAGUCACAAAAAGCCCUGUGGAGGGUGAGCUGCCUAAGGAUACAGUUUCCACAUUGAGUAACACAUUACUGGAGAACAAGUCAGUCUCUCCAGUAGACCAGGUUUGCUGCGUUGUGAGGUUUAUGGAACAAAUUUGGGGGUCAAACCCUGCUUCUUUGAGUAAAUGCGAGUGCAAGAACAAGACCAAUCAUGAAGAUAUACCAGACCCAACCCUUGAUAUGGAAGAGAUUGCAGUACAUAAGGAAGAUCAAAUGUGUGCGUUCGGGUCUGACAGCAAAUUCCACUCUGUCCCAGAAGGAAAGAAGCCCGCUGAGGGCGACAAGAAUGUCGUCAAUCGGGUUGAGACACUUGAUUUGCUUGAGCUUUGCAAUGAACUUGAAAUCACCAUUGACUUACCUGAAGAUAAUGAGAAAGCUCACUCAUAUUCUGACAAUGAUCCAAAUAAUGUUUCGGGCAGUGAUAAUGAAGUUCCCAAACUGAUGCCAGACCUGGAAAAGGAUUUGGAACUAGCAAGAAAUAAAAAAAAAGAAACCAAACAAAGUAAGACUGAAAGUUAUCAUUGGAAAACUGAGGACGGACAAACUCAAGCUGCGACCAGUUCUCUAAAGACAACUUGUAGUGGUAAACAUGACGCUGUUUUUAGGAAAGAAGAGACUAAGCACAAUGUUUUUUAUUCACUCUUCCAGAAAUCUAAGAAACGCAAAUCCCUUGUUGAAUCUCAGCGUGUCCUUGAGGGCGCUUCGAAUGAGAAGGUUUUCAUCUGUGCAACUGAUAACGAACCAUCAGCCUCUAACGCUCAAACUGUACAACUGGUACUGUUUGGCUCAUCAGCACAAAACAAGUGUGUUUUGAUGGGCAGCAGAAAGAGCCAUGUGUCAUCUGCCGAAGCUGUUUCUGCUGCAGUGCAAAACCCUCCGAUGGUUCUCACCAUUAAACUCAGUCCCAUGAAGAGAAAGUCUGAAAGUGAAACUGCCUCGGCAAGGAAGAUCAAGCGAAGGCUUUGUGAAAAAUCAAGGAUAUCUUUCUCACCAACCAAAAUGAAGCUCAGACACAAACUCAAAACGCCGAAGUGUACUCUAGCCACUUCGUCUGGACCAAGUCUGAAGAAAGCUGAAAAGGUUGACCCCGCCAACACUGAGGAGCUGCCAGUUUCCUCUGAAACGAGGAUCUUGCGUGGAACAACUAGGCCAUGCCUGAGUCUGAAGAAGAGGAGGUCCCACGCUAAAGAACGUGUAGGGGAGAAGACCAAGAGACGCACCGCCACACUCUCCCAGCCUGCAGAUCAAGAGAAAAGUGAGGAGGAAAAUGAGAGCAGUGCUGUCAUGCCUCUCCUGAAGAACGAUGUCCUGAAGUUCGGUGUCUUACCCAAAACCUUCGACUUCAAAGACGGCUCUAAUGGCAGAAAGGAAAACUAUGAUCCUCUUCCAGGCAACUCUGACCUCGUGGAAGAAAAGGACGAAAGCCCAAGCAAAACUAUCAAGAGGGCAAGAGGUACAUGGUAUCAAAAUCCAGAAGAGAAGAAUAUGUUAAUACCUCCCACCCCCAAGACCGACAACAUCUUCCAUGAGUUUCAGAAGAAAUUCAAGGACAAGAUGCAGCCAUCCGUGGAUAAAUAACUUGACAGGAAGUAGACUGUAGAAGAUUGUCUUCUGUCUGCAAAAUUCCUCAAGAGAAAAAUGUCUUGCAAAGACUUACAGAAAUGAUGUCUUUGUGUUUUUGUACUGCAAAGGCAAUAUUGAGGAAAUUGAAGUUGCCAGUUUUGUAUAAAUGUGUUCCAACUAAUCUGUCCAUUAUGUAACUGCUGUAUAUGUGUCACAUCUGUUCUCAUCAGUUUACAUAUAAUAUUGUCAUUUGUUUACAUUGCUCUUAAGUCUGAUAAACAUAUUUGAUGCAAAA